AUGGUUGUGUAUGAGAUCACAGCCUCAACGGAAACAAGCUGUCCUUUGGAGAUUGUCAAAAUCCCAGUUGCCAUCGACGAUGAGGCAUUCAACGGCAAUGGCACCGUCACUGGUAUUCCCUUCACACGUGGGAAAUACGAUAAAACUACGGGUAAAGGUUUCGAUUGCCCUAGAGAACAGGACAUCGUAAUCUUAUUACGAAUUCCACUUAUUUAUUGCUACAAAUCACUUGUUUCAGUGCUAGGCGACUCGCGGGUGAAUGAGAACCCUGGUCUUCUUUCCAUAGGUAUUAUGCUCUUCAGGUGGCACAAUGUCAUAGCCAAGAGAAUGAAAGAGGAAUAUCCUGCAUGGAACGAUGAGGAGCUUUUUUCAAGCUGCCUCGAAGCAUGGAAAAUCAUUUAUUACGACUUUCUGCCUGUGCUGAUCAACGAGGACGUGGAGCCGUACAAGCAAUACAUGCCCCAUGUGCCACCAGGAAUCUCACAUUCAUUUGCUGCUGCGGCAUCCAGAUAUGUGCAUACCAUUAUUCCACCAGCUAUGAUUCUUCGGAAAAACGCGGAAGCCUGCAAGUUCCGUAAAAAAGUCGGCGAUUUCCCUGCCGCUCGUCUCUGCCAGAACUGGGUGGAAUUCGCAAGAUAUCGUAGAGGAAUAUUCGAUGGACGAGUUCAUACUUGGAAUGAUCUCUCAAGUGGGCGAAGCCUGAGGAUGUCAUCGUUGUUGAAGACUUACGAGGAAGGUUUUCAGAUUUUUCCUACGGGCCCUUGCAUUUCUCGCCGAUUGGACGCUGUGGCUUCGACGAUCAUGCGAGGACGAGAUGGCGGCCUUUCGUCGUAUAACACCCUGAGGAAGAGGUUCAAUUUGCCGGAGAAAGAAUGGCAUACGAUCAACCCGAAGCUGUACCAGACGAACAGAGUCUUAUUCGACAGUCUUUCUAACCUCUAUGGCGGCGACAUCGGUGGCUUGGAUGCGUUUGUGGGUGGGAUGCUGGAAGUGGACGGCGAGCCGGGUGAACUGUUCAAAGCAAUAUUGAAGGAGCAGUUCGAUCGACUCCGCAGCUCAGAUAGGUUCUGGUUCGAAAACAGACUGAAUGGCAUAUUCACCAGCGAAGAAAUUGAAAGGAUACACAAUAUUACGCUAAAGGAUAUCAUUCGAGAGACCAUAGGGAUAUCUGACCAGUGGCUGCAGAAUAACGUGUUUGUCUUCGGAGGUGACGAUCCUUGUCCACAGCCGUUCCAAGUAAAUAUCACAGGUGAUCUACACCGAACUUUUCGUCCAGUU